AUGGAUUACCAACUUCGACCUGCUGCGGCUGCUGAGCACCGUGGCUCCUAUUCGUCUGUGCGUUCGGCCAAAUCGCAACUCUGGACACCUCCUCAUUCGCCAACGACGGAGAGCAUGGAGACUGAGACUGAGCAAUAUGACGACAUUGAUGAGGAGAAUAACGAUAUCCAGACUCCUGUCGCCAAACCCGACGCCUCUGCGGCCCAGACGCCAGGCCAUGUCCAGGAUGCGCACCAUGCUCAGCCGAGUCAGGCCACCGAAGAGCAGCCUACGGAGCUCAGGUUGUCCGAUUUCCAAGUUGUAGACACUCUUGGUACGGGAACGUUUGGACGCGUCCUUCUGGUACGGUUGCGACCGCCCACGAAUCACUCGGGAAUCAUGCAGCAUUUCGCAAUGAAGGUCUUGAAGAAGACGGACGUCGUGCGCCUUCGUCAGGUCGAACAUGUCAACGCCGAACGCUACAUUCUCGCCCGUAUUCGACAUCCCUUUAUCGUCGACUUGUAUGCAACGUUCCAGGAUAACCUCAACAUCUAUAUGCUGCUCUCCUAUGUCCCCGGCGGCGAGCUCUUUUCUCAUCUCCGACGUGCGCACCGAUUCAGCCCCGACGUGACAAGGUUUUACCUCGCGAUAAUCGUACUCGCUCUACGAUACCUCCACUCGUAUAAUAUCGUCUAUCGUGACCUCAAACCCGAGAAUCUCCUUCUCGACCACCGAGGAUAUCUACGCAUCACCGACUUUGGAUUUGCAAAAGUCGUCGACGACCGUACGUGGACACUCUGUGGGACCCCAGAGUAUCUCGCUCCGGAGAUCAUCCAGUCAGAUGGUCACGGAAAAGCGGUCGAUUGGUGGGCUUGCGGCAUCUUGUGCUACGAGAUGCUUGUUGGUUAUCCACCAUUCUACGACGACAAUGCAUUUGGAAUUUAUGAAAAGAUUCUCCAAGGCAACAUUCACUGGCCACAGCAUGUCGACCCGUUGUCGCGAGAUCUCAUUCGCGCCUUCCUGCAUCCCGACCGUACCAAGCGUCUAGGAAACCUCAUCGGGGGCUCGGACGAUGUCCUCUUGCAUCCCUGGUUCCGCGGCGUCGAUUGGGCUGCCCUCGAGCGUUGCGAGAUUCGCGCCCCUAUUCUUCCUCAGGUCACCUCUUCGGGUGAUACGCGCAACUUCUCGCGGCUCCCAAUGGUCAAAGCUAGCGAUAUCCCUGGACUUGCUGGAGAUCCAGUCCCACUAUACUCGCACGAUCCCUAUGCUGAGCAAUUUGCUGAUUUUUAA